AUGGACGACACAACGGCGGAUGGUUACGUGCCCACAUUACCAGUCAACAGCGAGUCGUCGUUUCUCGUUGCCCCAAAGCCGCUAUCUGCGAGCCAGAAAGUCGAGUACCAGAGCGUUGACCUGGUGCAGAGCAUUUCCUCUUUGCGUCAGCCAGAAGUUCCGUAUCACAAGAUGUGCUCCAGCGGAACGGCGACGAACAUCAACACGCCACGGAGCGACAUGGCGUCUUCGCACGACGUUGGCAUCAUGGCACCAACGCCAGAGAGCGAGAGGAUUGGUAACAUGCGGCGGACUCGGCCACCGCCUCGACGACGGAGGAGCUCGUCCCCGGACGUGAUAGCCGUCACAAGUGACGGCCGAGAUAAGGAGCUUGCUGAGAAGCCGCAGUUGGAAACAGCUUCCGUCGGUGACGCGGCACCAGAUGGACAUGUUCUGGAUGCGGAGUUUGCGGAGCAGCAAGCCGACGAUGACUCGGACUUUGAUGUCGCUCCCGAGCCCGUGAAGAGUAAAAGACAGAGGGGGCGCCCGAAGAAGAACGCGAUGAAUGAGAACACCAAAAAGAGCAGCGCGACGGCAGUGGUCGAUGCAGGCACGGGGUUGACGGAUAUACCCAAGAAGAGGCGUGGAAGACCGAAAAAGGCGAAGCAGCCGACGGAGGCAGAGCAAAAGCGGCCAGGCCACAGUGCAUCUGAGACGGCAGCUUCGGCUAGUGUUGAAGAGCCUAGCGAUGUGGACGCGGCGCAGGGGCUACCGGAGGAGGACAAGACAGGCCCAGAGGAGACGGAUCAAGCGUUCGGCGCAGGCGCGCCCAAGGAAGAGGCGACGGGCAGCUCGAAUGGGCCCAACGCUACGGAAGAGAGAGGGGAGGCGAAUGAGGUGGACAGAGGAACGGUCGAGGAGGCAAGGGACAAGAGCAAGAUGAAGGGAUCGUCGUGGCUUGAGUCGGCCGGCAAGCCCGUGUACCGGGUCGGGCUGAGCAAGAGAUUGCGGAUAGCGCCACUGCUGAAGAGUCUUCCGAAAUGA